UCAAACAUUAGCCCAAAAAAUACAGAAAUGGAAUGCACAUUAGAACAACAACAACAGCAACAACAAGAACAGCAGUUUGUGAUCAAUGAGUACUUUGAUCAUGAUCUUGCUGAUUUCAUGCUUUACAAUGGAGUGUUUGGUGAUCAUGGAGGCAUUAACUUUGACAUCGAUACAAUAACUCCGUCUACGACGACGAGCCAUAACUCGUUUGUUAUUUGCGAAACUCCCGGAGCCAAUGAGGAAGGAUACGAGGAAAAUCAUGGGGACUAUGAUUCCUCAGAGAUGAUAGAAAAGGUUGUGUCAAUGACAAGGCCGAAGAGAGACCGGUCUCGGACUCUUGUUUCGGAGAGACGAAGGAGAGGUCACAUGAAAGAGCAACUCUAUGAACUUCGAUCAUUGGUUCCUAAUAUCACUAAGAUGGAUAAAGCAUCAAUUAUUGCUGAUGCGGUGGUUUAUGUACAAGGUCUUCAAAGACAAACAAAAAAAUUAAAAGAAGAGAUUGCGAUUCUUGAGUCCUCAAAGAAAGAGGAAUUGAUGUUUCAAGCGGUUUUUAUGAAUAACACACAAAGUGAAGGAAGUGAAGUAAACGCUAAGACGAGAGGGAAAAUACUAAGAUUAAUUGCCGAUGAAGUUGGUGACCGGAGGAGUUUCUAUGUUGUUGUAGAAUGUAACAAGGGAAGUGGAUUUGCUUCUUGUUUAUAUAAUGCUAUUGAAUCCGUCGCUUGGUUUCGAUUAGAGAGCUCAAACUUUUCAAUAUCACCGGAGAAAUAUAAGCUCACUAUGAUCUUAAAUGUUGGAGAGUCAAGGGAGGAGAUGAACGCAUCCUCGGUGAAGUUAUGGAUUAUGGGUGCACUUCUUAAACAAGGUUUUGAGUUCGAAUUAAUGGCUAUUACAUAAAUUUAGCA